UAUUGGGUUCUUCUUUCAGGUAUCAGAAACGUAAGGAGAGUGGUAAAAUAAAGACUGUCAAGGAUCUUACGAAAAGGCAGCAUGAUAAAAAAAAAACUACAGUGGAGACAAUAUUCAGCGAAAAGCUACAAGAACAAAAAACAAACCCAACGUGUUCUCAACCUCACUCCAGAUUCUUCAGUGAAUGAAUUAAGUGAUUCUUCAGCAAUAGCAAAAGUAAAUGUGUCAACACCUGAGGACCACGUGUCAACACAAGAAAAUUUGUCAACACCAACACUGCAGUCAUCAAUCCCAAAGAGAAGCGCAAUCAGAAAGAAAUCAAACGUUGUCAACAGAUUGAGGGCCAAACUAAGACAGGCAGAAGAAAAAUGUAAAAAAAACAGAAAAGAACUGCAGAAUCUCAACAAGAAAUUUAGGAGACUUAAAGCUCAAAGGGUGACUGUGACCAAGCAGAUAGCUACAACCUCCAAAAACAAAAAAGUCAGGCAGCAGAAAAGUGGCAUUUCACUCAACAGCAAGAGGAGAUGCCUGUUGAAGAUGGUACAUUCUUUCCUUCAUCGGGAUGAUGUAUCCAGUGUGGUCAACGGCAAAUCUGGGGAGAUCCGGCGGAGAGGAGUGGUUCAUAGGAAAAGGCACUUGUGUGACACAAUGGCUAACCUUCACAAGAGGUUUUGUGGUGAAAACCCGAAUCAAAAUGUGUCUAAGGCGCAUUUCUUCAAGCUUAGACCGUUUUGGAUUGUUAGGCCAAAAGUUGCUGACAGGGAUACAUGUGCAUGCAAGCUGCAUGAAAAUUUCAGUUUCAAAAUAAAAAAGUUACAUCAGCUUGGAGUGAUAGAAUCAUCUUGCGCAGGUGAUGUCAUACAGUCAGUUGUGUGCAACACCAACAACAUUGACUGUAUGUACAAUCGUUGUGAGGUAUGCAAAGACAGAGUGAUUCCAACAGCACUUGAUGAGGAAAACAAGGGCAUCAUCAUCACCUGGCAGGAGUGGGUGACCAGGUCGGUCACGGUGGAGAGGACCGGGAAAGCUUCAACCAAGGAGAAAGAAGUAAAGAACACAGCAUGUGAAAAUCGUAGUACCUCCAUUGAGAAGUUAGUAGCUCUUACCAUGGAACAUCUCCCUAACUUUGCAGUGCAUAUCUUCAACAUCAGGCACCAGUUUUCCGCUCUCAAGACAAUGAAGGAUAGUAUCCAUGACGAUGAUGUGAUUGUACAUGUCGAUUACAGCGAAAAUUGGAGCUGCAAGUAUGCACGUGAAGUGAAGGAUACCCAUUUUGGAGGUGGGAACCAGCAGGUGACCCUCCACACUGGUGUGUUGUACAGUAAGGGAAUGGUGGAAGCCUUUGCAUCAGUGUCUCCUUGCCUCCAACAUGAUGCAACAGCAACAUGGGCCCACCUGGAACCUGUCUUGAGGUACAUCCGUCAAAAAUACCCCAAUGUAUGCAACAUACAUUUCAUUUCUGAUGGCCCAACAUCCCAAUACAGAAAUAAAACAUCGUUCUACUUGGCUUCCACUAUACCAUUCCUCCAUGGAUUUACAUAUGUCACAUGGAACUUCACAGAGGCGUCUCAUGGCAAAGGAGCUCCAGACGGCGUGGGGGCAGCCUUAAAAAAUCUGGCAGACCGAAUAGUUGCAUAUGGCCAAAGCAUCCCAGAUGCAGAUAUUCUGUUUCAGCAGCUCACCCUGAACUCCUCUGUGAUUCUAUUCCAGGUGUCGGAGGACAAAAUUAAGGAGAGGGGUGAAUUGGUUCCUCCACACCUUAAGGCAAUCCCAGGGACAAUGAAAAUCCACCAACUGAUGUCCACCACCCCUGGGGUAGUCCACACGAGGGACGUGUCGUGUUUCUGUGAGAAAAAUUGUCAGUGCUUCUAUCCAUCCCGCCAUGCGUUUGCUGAGGAAGAAGAGGGUUUCACAACGCCACCAGAGGCCACCAUAGAGGUUGGCCAGUGGGUCCUCGUGGAAUAUGACAAUAAUCUGUUCCCCGGUGUAGUUACACAGAUUGCAGAUGACCAAUAUGAGGUGGACACCAUGAACUGUGCCGGGGAAAACCGCUUCUAUGUUCCAUCCAUAAGGUUUUCUGGGGAAAAGGUCUGGUAUUACCGCCAGGACAUCAGAGACCAAAUUCCUGAGCCUCUGCCGGUCACCUCCUCUGCUAGGCAUUUCUGUGUUUUGCCUGAUAUUUGGGCUAAACACAAACAGCGCACCUGAGGCGUAUUGUAUUACAAAUUGGAUGUAUAUUGAAUUGCUUGUUUAAUUUUAAUUUAGUUGCACAUUGAUAUUUAUAUCUGUCAUGAAAUUAAUUCUUAAUAAAAUAGUUGUUUUAUGAGAUGUUGAAUUACUUAUUUUGUAUUUAAACAUUCCAUUUCAAUUUAGUUAUACAGUGAUGUUUAACGUUUUAAGGAAUUUAUGUCUAAUGAGGUAUGUUGAAAUUUGUUUUAUUAAAAUACACAGUUCAAAAUAGGAUAUUUUCACAGCUUGAGUCUUACUGAGAAUAAUUUUCAACAGAAAAUGCCACAUUUUGUUCAAUAUUACUACUCCAUACAAAACUCAAGAAGUACAUCAUUAGAAUUUGUUAUUUAUUCACAGCAUUCACACUCUGUGUUU